AUGUCACAGGUGAUGUCCAGCCCCCUGCUGGCAGGAAGCCCCGCAGUCAGCUUGGCUCCCUGUGAGGAACCCAGGAGGGCCCUGCACCCAGCCCCCAGCCCCAGCCUGCCCCCGCAGUGUCCCUACUACACCACGGAAGGCUGGAGAGCGCAGGCCCUGAUGGCCCCCAUGCCCUGCAAGGGGCCCCCCAGCAGGCUCCAGCCAGCCCCACAGGCUGGAGCCAAUGCCAGCUGCCUCCUGCAGGCCCCAGGAGAGCAGGUCUCAGGGGCUCAGGAGGACCUUGACUCCUACAUUGACUUCUCACUGGAGAGCCUCAACCAGAUGAUUCUGGAGUUGGACCCCACCUUCCAGCUGCUCCCUCCAGGGCCUGGUGGCCCCGAGGCCCAGCCCACCCAGAGCACUACAUUGAGAAAGAAGAAAGAAGAGCCUGAAGCCUUGGAUAUAAAGUACAUCGAGGUGACCUCCACCAGGUCAAGGUGCCACGAUGGCCCGCGGAGCUGCUGCAGCCCAUCUGUCACCCCACCCUUUGGCUCCCCACGCACUGGCGGCCUCCUCCUUUCCAGAGACCUCCCCCGAGAGACUCGAAGCAGCAGUGAGAGCCUCAUCUUCUCCGGGAGCCAGGGCAGGGGGCACCAGCACCCCGCUCCCCUCUCGGCAGCUCCCUCCUCUCACCCCCCAACAUCUCCCAGCAUCUCCAUUCCUGGCAUGGGGAGUAAGGCCUCAGGCCCCCACGGCUUGGGCUCCCCACUGGUGGCUUCCCCAAGCUUGGAGAAGGGACUGGGGGGCCAGGGCCCACAGCUGAGCAGCAGAGUCUCCAUGCUGUCAGGCAGCCCAGCGUCUGAUGUCAGCUAUGCGUUUGGAAGCAGCCAGUCCCUCCUCCACUCCAGCAUCUCCAGCCAUCAGUCAUCUUCUAGAUCCUUGGAAAGCCCCACCAGCUCUUCCUCCAGCCUCCACAGCCUUGGCCCAAUGUCCCUGUAUACAAGAACCAGUGACCUCCAGGUCCCCAGCAAUGGCACCCCAAGCAGGCGCCAGCCCAGAGCAACCCACUCCCCACCACUGGCCAAAGAACAUGCCAGCAGCUGCCCACCAUCCAUCACUAACUCCAUGGUGGACAUACCCAUCGUGCUGAUCAACGGUUUCCCAGAGCCAGGAUCUCCCCCAUCCCAAAGGAUCCCAGGAUCCCAGGACUUUGUCCACCCUGGGGCUACUUCUUCCAGCACACCCUGUCCAGCCACCAGGAGCCACACCCAGACCCUGCCAGAAGCCCCUCCCACCGUAUCCCUGGAGGGUCCUGCCAACGACAUGCAGCCCACCAUGAAGUUUGUGAUGGACACAUCUAAAUACUGGUUUAAGCCAAGCAUCUCCCGAGAGCAAGCCAUCGAGCUGCUGAGGAAGGAGGAGCCGGGGGCUUUCAUCGUGCGGGACAGUUCUUCAUACCGGGGCUCCUUCGGCCUUGCCCUGAAGGUGCAGGAGGCCCCCACACCUGCCCAGAGCCGACCAGGCGAGGACAGCAGUGGCCUCAUCCGUCACUUCCUCAUCGAGUCUUCCGCCAAAGGGGUGCAUCUCAAAGGAGCGGACGAGGAGCCCUACUUCGGGAGCCUGUCUGCCUUCGUGUGCCAGCACUCCAUCAUGGCCCUGGCCCUGCCCUGCAAACUCAUCAUCCCACAGAAAGAAUUGGGAGGUGGAGACGGAGCCUCAGACCCCUCUGCAGAUGGCCAGGCCUCCUGUAUGAAGAAAUCUGCGGGUUGCCAUGCCCUGUACCUGAGCUCUGUGAGCGUGGAGACCCUGAGCGGCGCCCUGGCCGUGGAGAAGGCCAUCUCGGCCACCUUGGAGAGGGAUGUCCUCCCCACGCCCACCGUGGUCCACUUCAAAGUCACCGAGCAGGGCAUCACCCUGACUGACGUCCAGAGGAAGGUGUUUUUCCGGCGCCAUUACCCCCUUGCCACCCUCCGAUUCUGUGGCAUGGAUCCCGAGCAACGGAAGUGGCAGAAAUACUGCAAGCCCUCUUGGAUCUUUGGGUUUGUGGCCAAGAGCCAGACUGAGUCCCAGGAGAAUGUGUGCCACCUCUUUGCGGAGUAUGACACGCUCCAGCCAGCCUCCCAGGUCAUCAGUCUGGUGGGUGCUCUGCUGCAGGAGCCAGAAAGGAUGUAG